UUUUUCUUCAUUUAUAUUUUGAGGCGGCAAAAUCCGAUCAGGAUCCCCCUCCGCCGCCGCCGCCGCUCUGUGAACAUGAACGGAGAAGUUGAGCAGAAGCCAGAGGCUCGGCGUCUCAGAGAAUUGGCUGAGAAAAAGUUCAGAGAUUCCAAUCUCAAGUCUGCUCUCAAGUACGCCAAGCGAGCCCACCGCCUCGAUCCAAACCUUGACGGCGCCGCCGAAAUCCUCACUUCCUUCCAGAUUCUCCGAGUCGCCGCCGACUCUCCGGACGACUGGUACCGGAUUCUUCAGGUGGAGCCUUUCGCUCACAUUAACACAAUAAAAAAACAGUACAAGAAGCUCGCUCUGCUUCUGCAUCCGGAUAAGAACCCCUAUUCCGUCUCCGAGGAGGCGUUCAAGCUCGUCGGCGAGGCGUUUCACUUUUUGUCCGAUAAGGUUAGGAGGAAGGAGUACGAUUUGAAGCUUCGAAUUCGGAUUCAGGACGAGAAGAUUGGAGAUGCGGAUGUGGAGAGCGAGACGUUUUGGACUGCUUGCUCGACGUGCCGGCUUUUGCACCAGUUCGAGAAGAGGUACGUAGAGCAUAAUUUAGUCUGCCCUAGCUGUAGGAAGAGUUUUAAGGCCGUUGAAGUCGUGUAUAAUGAACCUGAGAUUACGGAAAUUGGGGUCAUGAUUGGGGGUCGAAGGUUGAGAAAUUUGAGUUCUAGGCAAAAUUCUGGUAGUUUUGAGGGAUUAAAAGAAUCUGGCUCGAUGCAAAAAGUGAAUACUGGUCAAUCGAAGAGAAAUGCUGCUGUGGUUAAGACGAAUGGUGAGAAGAAGAAAGGUCUAGAGUUCAAUGGGAAAGCUGGUUCUGUAGAAGGUGAAGUUAGAAAUGGCGAUUUGGAGGGAGUUGAUAAUGAUGAUGUGAUAUGUAGAAGAAGAUUAAGAAGUGGGAGUAUGAGGAAGAAGAUGAGUAGUGUUGGUGAGGUUUUAGAGAGGUCUAAGCUGAAGCCUGUUAAAAUGGAGGAGGAAAUGAUGACUUUGGCUGAAUUACAGUCUCAAGUGAUUCAGAAAGCUCGAAAAGAGAAGAUGAAACUGAAGUUAAAGGAGGAGGAGGAAGCAGAGGAAAGAGAGAAUAAGAGAAAGAAAGGGGUUAAGGAAAAUGAUGACGUUGACGAGAGACUAACUUUGAAAGAGAUGGAAGGUCUACUACGGAUCCGUCGGCAAGAAGCAUCAAAGCGUGCCGGGUUUUCAGAGAAUGCAAGGCAAAGGAAUUCCAAGAAGAAUGUGAAUCUGGAAACUCAGAAGCAAGGACCUUCAUGUAAUGGAGUUGAUUUAGAUAUGAUGGUGGUGGAAGAUUCAGACUUUUAUGAUUUUGACAAGGACAGAAUGGAGAGAAGUUUCAAAAAAGGGCAAGUGUGGGCUACAUAUGAUGAUGAUGAUGGAAUGCCUAGGCAUUAUGGUUUAAUUGAAGAAGUUACUGUAAAUCCUUUUGAAGUGAAAAUGAGUUGGUUGGAUGUUCAAAACUAUGGGGAUGAAAGACUAUUUUGUUGGGAGAAGAUGGGAUUUCAUGUAUCUUGUGGUAGAUUUAAGGUCACUGAAAAAACCACCAUUCAUUCAUUGAACAUUUUUUCUCAUGUUGUGGAUUGUGAAAGAGCAUCAAAGGAAGUCUAUAGGGUUUAUCCUAAAAAGGGAUCAGUAUGGGCACUUUACAAAGAAGAAGAAGAAGAAGAAGAAGAAGAAGAAGGUGGUUUGGAUGCUGAGAAGAGAAGAAACCUUUCGAGCAAAGAGAAACGAACUUACGAUAUUGCAGUGUUUUUAACAACUUACAGUGAGAUGCAUGGUUUAAGUAUGGCUUAUCUUGAGAAGGUUGAUGGUUACAAGACCAUAUUCAAGAGAAGGGAGAUUGGUUAUCAUGCUAUUAGAUGGUUCGAAAAGGACAAUAUCCGAUUAUUUUCGCAUCAAAUUCCUGCUCGGAAGCUUUCUAUAGAUGAGGCUCUUGGGCAUCUGAAGGACUGUUGGGAACUUGAUCCAGCUUCUCUUCCUUCGGAUUUGCUAACCACCUGCUGCACAUAAAAUCAGAGUGAAAAAAUCCCUUACUGCUCGUGUCCAACGAUAUUUUAUUCUUUACGUGGAUGGUUCUCAGGCAAACUGAUUGUCGGGUAUGUACUCACUACCCAUGUAAGUUUAAAUAAACAGUGCAUUAUGAUCUGUAGCAUAAGAGGGAUUGCAGUACAUAAAUCAAGGCACAGCAUCUUAUAGCCAUUACUCAUUAUCACAGUUUCUUCGUAUUAUAUUGUUUGCCAAAUGGCAAAUAUUUGUGA